CAAAUAUGGGACAACAGCCUUCGUGCUACAAGUCAUGUUAGCCGCUGAUAUGGACGAUGAAAUAAGGUCAACGCUCAUAAAGGGAUACUCAUUCUUGAGGAAAUCUCAGUUUACAGAGAACCCUCCCGGUGACUAUAUCAAAAUGUUUAGAGACCUAUCUAAAGGAGGGUGGGGUUUUUCAGACAAAGAUCAAGGAUGGUCUGUUUCAGAUUGUACUUCUGAAAGUUUAGAGUGUUGCCUAAUCUUUGAAAGCAUGCCGUCCGAGUUCAUUGGUGAGAAAAUGGAUAUGGAGAGGCUUUAUGAUGCUGUCAAUAUGCUUCUUUAUUUACAGAGCAAAAAUGGAGGCAUAGCCAUAUGGGAGGCAGCGCGUGGGAAAAAAUGGCUUGAGUGGCUUAGUCCCAUAGAGUUUGUUGAAGACACUAUUCUCGAGCAUGAGUAUCUAGAAUGCACCGGGUCAGCAAUAGUAGUGUUGGCUCGUUUCAUGAAACAGUUUUCCAAGGCACAGAACAAAAGAAGUAGAAAGCUUUAUAACAAAGGGUGUUUAGUGGCUGCGGGAAAGACUUACCAUAGCUCUGAGCCGAUCCGUAGAGCGGUUCAGUUCCUUCUUAAGAUACAAAAUGUUGAAGGCGGUUGGGGAGAGAGUUAUCUCUCUUGCCCCAACAAGAAAUAUAUUCCUUUGGAGGGGAACAAGAGCAAUAUGGUUAAUACAGGACAAGCAUUGAUGGUUCUAAUAUUGAGUGGUCAGAUGGAGCGAGAUCCUUUACUGGUUUCAUCGUGCUGCGAAAGUCUUAAUCAAUUCGCAGAUGGAUGACGGUGAUUUCCACAAGAGGUGUUUCUUCUUACCCUAUUUUUGUUCAGAAUUUUCAAAAUUACUAUGAUAUUAUUUUGAUCAUUUAUGUUAUAUAUAUUUGCAGGAUAUAAGAGGGGUUUACAAAAUGAAUGUGCUGUUAAAUU